AUGAGUUAUACUAGUGAAGAACUAUUAGCAAUGUUAGAAGAAAAAGCGGAAAUGUUAGUGAAAACGCAAGUUAACUUGAAAAAAUGUCCGAAGCAAAGACUGACGAAAGGUUACAUAGAAGUUCGAAUUAAAUCCAUUGAAGAAGACUGGCAAGCUUUCAAAUCACUACAUCAGUCCCUAAUCAAAUGUGAUUUAAGAGACAUGCUUGAAACUAAAGUAAAAAACCCAUCUGUAGAGCCCGAAUUCACAUCAGUGCCACGUGUCAAUCUGCCAAGUAUUCAACUUCCUACAUUUUUAGGCCGCUAUGAAGAAUGGACAACUUUCAAUGACUUAUUUACAUCACUAGUUCAUAACAACACUUCACUUUCUAAAGUACAAAAAUUACACUAUUUGAAGACAAGUGUGGGUGGCGAAGCUGAGGUCCUACUGAGACACAUUCCUGUAACGGAAGCCAACUAUGAGAAUGCAUGGGAAAUAUUACAACAAAGUCAAAUCGAAGGAGAAGUAGUAGAAGACCCUAUUGAAGAGAACAAUUCAUCACCUGCAUUUCAAUCAUAUAUGGCAAUGAAGAAGUCCACUGCACUGUUAGCUACAGCAUUGAUACCUGUGAAGGAUAAGAAUGGACAAACAUUGAUAUUGCGGGCACUAAUAGACCAAGGGUCACAAGCAAACUUUAUAAGUGAAAGAGCCACACAACUUUUGAAGAUUAAGAAGAAACCAACAAGUGGAACAGUAUCUGGAGUGGGAUCUACACAGACAGCAAUACAUCAUGUAGUAGAAAUACAAUUGUUGUCACAAUAUGAAGAAGAAUUCCAACUCACUCUAAAAGCUUAUGUCAUGCCUACACAUUUAUGUUCACAGCUACCAUCCAAAUCGUUGGUGAACUUGCCGCACGCCUGGCCACAUAUUCAACCGCUCACUUUGGCCGACCCGACCUUCAAUCAACCUGGUCGAGUAGAUGUCCUGCUAGGUGUAGAAGUAUAUGCUCAAAUAUUGAAGAACAAUAUCAUCAGAGGUCCUCCUGGCUCACCAUGCGCUCAAGAAACAAGCCUUGGAUGGAUACUUUUUGGUAAUAUACAGAGCGACACUUCAAAUGAACCAAUUAUGGUAAUGCAUCACCAGAUAGAUUUCGACGACAUUCUAUACAAAUUAUGGGAAGUAGAGGCUGAUGAUAGAAACAAAUACACAAAAGAAGAAGAAACAUGUCAAACAAAAUAUCAAGAAACAGUAAGAAGGAAUCAAGAAGGAAGAUACAUUGUGAAACUACCUUUUAAAACAGAACCACCGAAAAGUACAGAAGGGAAAACAAGAGAAAUAGCAAGGAAAAGACUAAAUCAAAUGGAGAAACGACUAGAAAGGAAUAAAGAGCUGCAAACAGAAUACAACAAAGUCAUGAAAGAAUACAUAGAACUGAAUCACAUGGAGCUAGUACCGAAAGAGGAAAUAGAAAAACCAUCUGUUUACCUACCACAUCACGCAGUCGUGCGAGAAGCAAGUGACACGACGAAGGUCCGUGUUGUCUUCAAUGCCUCUUCACCAGACAUAAACAACAUCUGUCUCAAUGAUGAAAUGUUAGUUGGACCUCAACUACAAGAAGAUAUGAGAAGCAUAGUCAUGAGAUGGCGUUUAAGAAAAAUUGCAUUUGUGUCCGAUGUAGAGAAGAUGUACCGACAAAUUCUUGUCACGAAAGAAGAUACAGACUAUCAAAGAAUAUUAUGGCGUGAUGACCCUGAAGAACAAACAAAAGAUAAAAGACUGUUGAGAGUAACAUUUGGGACCGCUUCCGCUCCAUAUCUCGCGGUAAGAACCCUGCAACAAGUAGCAGAAGAUGAAGGCGAAGAACAUCCUGAAGCUAAGAACAUAAUACAAAGAGAUUUCUUUAUGGACGACUUGAUAUCUGGACAAGAUACUGUAGAAGAAGCGUUACAAGUAGCAAGAGACAUUACAACCAUUUUAAAGAAAGGAGGUUUCAAAUUACAAAAAUGGUCUUGUAACAAUGCACAAUUUUUAAAAGAAUUUAGUCCUGAAGAAAUAAGCACUCAUAUAAAGAUGGAUAUGAAUCUUGGUGGCACAGUCAAAACAUUAGGUUUAUCCUGGAACUUAGGUGAAGAUGUCCUCCAAUAUAACAUGAACUUACCACAGCCACAGAAGAUAAUCACAAAAAGAAGUAUCCUAGCUGAAAUGCAACAUUAUUUUGAUCCACUAGGAUGGCUUGCUCCUGGAAUACUACCUGCAAAAUUGCUCCUGCAAAAAUUAUGGUUGAAGAAAGUGACCUGGGAUGAGAAAGUAGAACCUGAAAUAGAAAAAGAAUGGUUAGAAAUACGACAAAAUUUUGAAGACCUGAAAGUAAUAAAAAUAGAUAGAUGGUUACAAACAACAAAAGACAACUUACCUGAAGCAACAAUACAUGGUUUCUGCGAUGCUUCUAUGAAAGCAUAUGGAGCAGCUGCAUACUUGAGAGUAAUAGAUGAAAAUGGUGUAUACAAAACUCAGCUAAUAGCAGCCAGAUGUCGUGUAGCACCUAUAAAGCCCGUGUCUCUACCAAGGUUAGAGUUAUGUGGAGCCGUUCUUCUAUCGAAACUUCUGAACCAAAUCAGUGAAGCAACUCGCAUACCUACCUCACAAAUUUUCGCUUGGACUGACUCCACGAUAGUCCUGUCCUGGUUGAAAGGAGAUCCUGGAAGAUGGCAAACAUUUGUAAGGAAUCGAGUAGUUACUAUCCUAGACAACAUUGGGGAAAAAUGGUUUCAUGUACAAUCUCACGACAACCCCGCUGACAUAGCCUCUCGUGGAAUGUUACUAAAGGAUUUGAAGAAAGAAAAGCUAUGGUGGCAAGGGCCAGAAUGGCUAAAACAAGGAAAUAUAGAGAUGCACCAACUCGAAGACACCGAUUCUGGCUCGCUCAAGCGCACGCUCUCUCUAAAGCUUAUGCCCCUAACCACACCCUUACAAGCAUUAGCUAGCAGGUGGCAACUAAUGCAUCCACCUCGUCACUGGAUGACGUCAUACGUAGCCUAA